AAUUUGGGGACAGAAUGGGCCAACCAUCAAAAAAUUUUUUUAUUUUUAAAGGUUCAUUAAGAACAGCACUUUUUAAUUAUUUAUUUGCCAAGAAAUAUGGAGGAUCAUUUUUAUUAAGAAUUGAAGAUACUGACCGGGACAGAUUGUUUGAAAAUGUUUUGUCAUAUUUUGGCUUAAAUUUGGAUGAAGGCCCUUCUAUUGAUGGAAAUUUUGGUCCUUAUGUACAAUCUGAGAGAUGUGAAAUUUAUAAAAAUGAAGUUGAGAGGCUAAUAGAAGAGAAUAAAGCUUACAAAUGUUUUUGUUCUGUUGAGAGACUUGAUAUUCUUCGACGCAAAGCUUUAAAUGAAAAGAAAAUUCCUCGUUAUGACCGCCAUUGUCGAAAUCUGUCAAAAGAAGAAAUUGCUGCUCGUGAAAAAAAUGGUGAAAUACCUGUUGUUAGAUUUAAAUAUGAUGCUGGUGAAAUGUCUUUUAAGGAUACAGUUUUUGGUGUUUAUUCUACAAGUUGGGACGAGGUUGAUUUUAUUAUUUUAAAACGUGAUGGCUUUCCAACUUAUCACUUUGCUAAUGUUGUAGAUGACCAUUAUAUGGAAAUUAGUGAUGUAAUUCGCGGAUCAGAAUGGCUUUUAUCUACACCAAAACAUUUAAAACUUUAUGAAGCUUUUAAUUGGAAGGAACCGCGAUUUACACAUUUACCUUUAAUUACUGAGGAUGGAAAAAAUAAAUUGUCAAAAAGAAAAUCGCAUGCAUUUGUGAGUUAUUAUACAAAUUUUGGCUAUCUCCCUUUAGCUGUUUUAAAUUUUUUAUUACGAAAUGGAAGUGGAAUUAAAGAAUAUAAUUUACACAAACUUUAUACAAUUGAUGAAAUGAUUACAAAUUUUGAUCAAAAUUUAAUUGGUAGAAGUACUUUUAUGUUAGAUUUGAAAGAAUUAGAUCGUUAUGGAAGAAUGGCUUUUCAAGCUAGUGAUUUUGAAAAAGAUUUGCUUCCUUGUAUUAAAAAACAAUUUUCUCUUCUUCCAGAGGUUUUUUCUAAAAUAUUUUUUUAAUUCGGGGUUUUUUGAGGGAUCUAGCUCAUCAGGGUUUUGGAAAAAAUAUUUUAAUGAAUACGCAUUUGUGUCCGUUAGUAAGAGACUGUCCGCUUUUGAAAUUUUUUACACACCUUUAAUAAGUAGUCUAUAUCUG